AUGGUUGAUAUCGAGGAGAAUGAUGUUGAGGAGAACGAUCUUGAUUUGUACUCCGCAAAAGCUUUGGAAAGUGUGAACAAUGGAGAGGCAGAUCUUCUUCACACCAAAAAAUUUCGAGCAUAUUUAAUUAGUGAGAUACCCAGCAGCAUCUAUUUAGAGCAAGAAGGAGAUGAACCAGAAUCGGCAGAAUCAGAAUUAGGACUUGAAGAUUUAAUCGUGAUAGAUUCAGAAACUCUUGAGACCAAAGAAGACGCGCCUCGUGAUUUGUAUAGCCAGAAUUUUAAAGCCGAAUCUGAAAGUUCAAGUACUACUGGUUCUUCCACAAGCGAUGUAAAUCUGGAAACUCUGGAGAAUCAAUCUCCGGGUCACUGGCUCAUUCCAGAGGGUUGCAACACCUCAAUUUUUUUAUUCGAAACCCCCAAACUGAUACCUGAAAGACGUGCGAGCCAAUUAUUUUUGGUAACCACUGAGGACGAAGAUGCUAGAGACGAAGAUUUGGAUGAAGAUUUGGAUGAAGAUAAGAGUCCUGAAGUGAAUAUUCCUGAAAAUUUUAUUGCGGAAGAACCCAAGAGUAUCAAGGCAAACAUAAGGGUACUGACAUUAGCUUAUAUGAUUCAUGAUAUUAAUGACAAAGAGGGUGUCAAAGUGGACAAUCAUGAAGCCACAGAAGGUGGCUUCGCUAGCGACAAAAUAGACGAAAACGAAAGCUUUGACGAUACAGGAACAGCUGAAGCAAUGAGCGGAAUCAAGGACAUCAUCAGGGAAAUGUGUGAAGAAUAUACCGCUUGGACUGCAGUCACCACCAAGAGAACCAUUGAAGCAGCGAACAACGAAAACAUUGCGGGUAUUAUCAAGAAACUUUGCGAAGAUUUCGCAUGUGUUGUAGUCACGAUAAAUAAGUCUCCGGAAGCAGAAAGUGAAAAGGCCCAAGACGUCUAUGAUAUUGCAUAUCAUGAAGCACAGGAAGCCGAGGGGGUAGAUGUCACUACGAAGCAGCAUAUUGAAGGCUAUGUGAACAACACUGAUAUGGUGAAGGACGAGAGUAGAAUCGGAGUCGAGGAUGAAUUUUCUCUUCUAGAGCACAAAUUCGAGAAUAGAGUCAUAUAUGAGGAUAUUGACGUUAAUGACAAUAUGACUGCUGAAACGAAAAUCGAGAAAAGCAUUGAGCUUUCAACCAAUGAACCAAAUGACACGGAGAGUGAUCAGCCACACAAGCGAGCAAAUCAGAGCGCAGACAGGUUAAUUGACCGGGAUUAUGCGGUACAUGAGGUGCAAGAAGAAGGCUCGAGUCUCGGGAAUGAAGACAGCUAUGGUAAGUCGAACGAUCCGGAGGUACAAUCAGAAGUACAAUCAGAAGUACAAUCGAAGGAAAAGAAUGAUUUGGAACUCGAGGAGGACGAUAUCGAUGAAGUACAAGUCGUUUCAACGGAGUUUGCUUAUGAUUAA